AUGGAAGAAGAACUCAAGAACUUCAUCAAGGUUUGGGUUUCUGCAAUCAUCUCAAUAUCUUACUGUUACCACAUAUCAACCAGAAUCAAAGCUGGAGUUUUUAGAUUACUCUUUGUUCUUCCUGUUUGUGUUCUGUUUCUUGUUGCUCCUCUGUUUUUCUCCUCUGUUCAUUUCUCUGGAUCCAUUGCGUUUUUCCUCUCAUGGCUUGCCAAUUUCAAACUCAUCCUCUUUGCGUUCGAUCAAGGUCCACUAUUUCCGUAUCCCCCAAGUCUCUCCCGAUUCGUCUGCUUCACUUGCUUCGCCAUCAAGCAACAACAAAACCCUAAUUCUCAAAAUGAUCAACUGCCCAAAUGGGUUUUUGCUUUAAAAGUUGCAAUCUUCGGUAUCUUGUUACAUGUGUAUGAUUACAAACAGCAUCUAUCUCCGAUGGUGUUAUUGGUUCUCUAUUCUCUGUACAUAUACUUGGAGCUUGAGAUUUUCUUUAUGGUCGUCAAAGUAUUGGUCUCUAUCACUCUUGGAUGCGACCUAGAGCCACAGUCCAAUGAGCCAUACUUGGCCACUUCUCUUCAAGACUUCUGGGGUCGCCGAUGGAACCUCAUUGUCCCGGCGAUUCUCCGGCCGGCAGUUUACGUCCCGGCUCGGCGAAUCACAGAACAGAAAAUGAGCUCCGAUCAGUCAUUGUUCUUGGGAGUUUUAGCAACAUUCAUAGUCUCUGGUGUAGUUCACGAGCUGAUCUUCUUCUGUUUUACCCGUGAGAUGCCUACUGGAGAGGUCACUUGGUUCUUUGUGUUACAUGGAGUUUGCACGGCGGUGGAAGUUGUGGUGAAGAGGACUGCGUUUGCGCGGCGGUGGAGGAUGAGUCCGAUAGUUUCACGAGUGCUCACGGUGGGGUUUGUAGUUGUGACGAGUGGUUGGUUGUUUUUCCCUCCUCUUAUAAGGAGUGGCAUGAUCGAGAGGCUCGUUAACGAAAUCUUAUUGUCCAUUGAUCUCGUGAAGCCCUAG